CCCUCCUUCCCUCUCUUCCUCCCUCCCAGCCUCCCUCCCUCUCUGAAGCUCCUGCUCUCUCCCUCCCCUCCCGAGAGCUCUCCCCCCUCCUCCCUCCCUCCCGCUUGCUCUCCGUCUCUCUCUCGCUACCGAGGGCUCCCACAGCAGUUCCCAGCCAGUGUGCUCAGCCUGCCUGCCUGCCUGCCUCUGUGUGUGUGUGCGCGCGCGUGUGCGAGCGUGUGCGUGCGGCUACUUUGUACUGUGAAGAACACAGCCCAUGUGCUCUGCAUGGACGUUACUGCUACUCUGUUUAGCUUGAUUUUCGACAGGCAGGCAAGAUGUCCAGCACACCACAUGACCCCUUCUAUUCGUCUCCUUUUGGCCCAUUUUAUAGGAGACAUACACCCUACAUGGUACAACCAGAGUACCGAAUCUAUGAGAUGAACAAGAGACUGCAGUCGCGCACAGAGGAUAGCGACAACCUCUGGUGGGAUGCGUUUGCCACCGAGUUUUUUGAAGAUGACGCCACAUUAACCCUUUCCUUUUGUUUGGAAGAUGGACCAAAGCGAUACACUAUCGGCAGGACCCUCAUCCCCCGUUACUUUAGCACUGUGUUUGAAGGAGGAGUGACUGACCUGUAUUACAUUCUCAAACACUCAAAAGAAUCCUACCACAACUCAUCCAUCACAGUGGACUGCGACCAGUGUGCAAUGGUCACCCAGCACGGGAAGCCCAUGUUUACCAAGGUGUGUACAGAAGGCAGACUGAUCUUGGAGUUCACCUUUGAUGAUCUCAUGAGAAUAAAAACAUGGCACUUUACCAUUAGACAAUACAGAGAGUUAGUCCCAAGAAGCAUUCUUGCCAUGCAUGCACAAGAUCCUCAGGUCCUGGAUCAGCUGUCCAAAAACAUCACCAGGAUGGGGCUAACAAAUUUCACCCUCAACUACCUCAGGUUGUGUGUAAUACUGGAGCCAAUGCAGGAACUGAUGUCCAGACAUAAAACUUACAACCUCAGUCCACGAGACUGCCUGAAGACCUGCUUGUUUCAGAAGUGGCAGCGGAUGGUGGCGCCGCCAGCAGAGCCCACAAGGCAACCGACAACGAAACGGAGAAAAAGAAAAAAUUCCACCAGCAGCACCUCCAACAGCGGCGCUGGGAACACCGCCAACAGCACGGGCAGCAAGAAGAAGGCGCCAGCCGCCAACCUGAGUCUGUCCAGUCAGGUACCUGGGCUAGGAGCGAUCCCGAACUGCAGCCUCAACCCUGGGAGGGAUGGAGACCUGUGUCAUUCAACAGCAGUGACCCCUUCUGGCCAAUUUAAGGAGAAGCAUUGAGGGGCCCUGAAAGGAGUCACUUCCAGUCCUCCUCAGAGGAUGUGAUGGUGGUAGGAGAGCCAACUCUGAUGGGAGGUGAGUUUGGGGACGAGGACGAAAGGCUAAUCACUAGAUUAGAAAACACGCAGUAUGAUGCGGCCAACGGCAUGGACGACGAGGAAGACUUCACCAGUUCACCCGCCCUGGGGAACAGCAGCCCAUGGAACAGUAAACCUCCCGCCACUCAAGAGACCAAAUCAGAAAACCCCCCACCCCAAGCUUCCCAGUAAGAUUGACCAGCUCCAGAAUCCACUGUCAAUAGCCACCGUGGGUUACGCUCACUAUUUCAGAUCCUUACUCACAAGAGAGGAAGGAGGAGACAUUAAAACUUUUCCAAGCAAACAGCGAUUUCUAAACCACAGUGAUCUGAGUUUCUCUCUUUCUUUUUUUUAAUUGAGAGGAUCAUUCCCAGUAAACUUCCAUGACCCCUCCCUGGAGGCCUUCACAGGUAACACAGAUACUGGCACUGAUCGUAAUUAAAGUAAGAGCAAACGCUAGGGCUUCUCCUGGCUCGGUUUUAACCACGUUUGUUAAUUUCAUCCCCGCCCCUCGCCCCACCCAACCAUCCAACGAAGGCCGUAUUGUCAAUAAACCCUCAGUGCUCAGGAUCUCAUUCUCUGCCGAGCCCAACUACAGAUAGACUUUUUAAUAUUGUAAAAUAUUUUCUGCUUUUUGACUUGCAUCUGAGAGUUUCUUGUUUCAGUAAAAAAAGAAAAGAAAAAAAAUCCACUUUGGGAAAGUAAUUUAAAUGUACCUUUAUUUUUUUUUCCCCUUCACCUUUUCUUUCAUUGGGUAACAGCUAAGAGGGCCCAGCAGGGUAAUUUAUGGCCGAGCUAAUGUCAAUUGGUCCUCGAGCCUGAGUUUGUUCAAUCGAGCCCGAGUGCUGAAACAAGAAACGUCUUUUUGUCAUCAAAGACACCAAGGCAGAUUUUUAUGUAAAGAAAGGCACUUGGCCCCCUGAGAAUGUAUGCGUUUGUAAAAUUUUCUGUUGAUCCAAAUACUUUCAAGCCAUGUAAUCCAUUAAUUUUGUGGGCAGUUUAAUAAAUCUGAAACUCUUUUGUGUUUUGUUUUUUUUUUGUAUCUGAGUUGACUGUUGUUUCUUUUCAUAGUAUAUUUCCUGUAUAAUAUUUUGUAAAGCCCUAACCUAGUUCUUUUAUGGGGACUUUUCUUUGGGAGCAAUUCCAGUGUAUUUAUGUGAAACUUUAUAAAAGAACUAAUUUUUCCAUUUGCAUAUUAAUAUGUUCCUCUAUACAUGUAAAGACACAGUGGCUCCGUGUGUUAUAAAACAGCUGUAUUUUAUGUAUGCUUUACUGAUAAGUGUGCCAAUAAUAAACUGUUAACGACCAAA